UUCUUUGUGACAUUUCGAAGAAGACGAUUCGGAGGUUCGAUCAUUUUCUUGGGCAAGGAUUUGACCACAGAAACAUUCAAAGAACUAAAAUGGUGUCAAGACUAUUGCUGCGAUUAGAAGCCGUCCUUCAACAAAUCGAACACACGUUUCCCAUUCUAUUCGGACCAAAACCGCCACCGGGAAUUCUCUCUGUGGUGACUUCCCAAUGUCCGAAUUCGACCAACAUCGGCGCACCAUUCUCGCUGCAAGAUUUGAUCGGUGAUGGAUUCCUGUGGGCCGUUCCCAAAAAUCGUCGAACCGUUGAGAAACGAUGGAAACGCAAAUACGGCUCACCGGAAUAUUUUAUGAAGACACUGCAGCCGAAAACCACUCUUCGCGUCUGUAAUCAUUGCGGUCAUGAUUACGAGGUCGGUCUACUGUGUCCGCAUUGUUACGCCAAAGUUCGCCAGGAAACGGAAUUGAUGCAGGAGAAAAUUCAACAGCAACUGGGUCUGGAUCCGGUGGACAAAGAGGUGAUUGUGCUGUACGACGGGGAAAAGGGAGAACAGUCCGCAGAGUUCUGGAAGGGAAAGCGUAUUGUCGAAAUGGAACGGCCGAGGCCAGCAUGGUUCAGUAAGAAUCUUCUCCAAAAAACCACCGAACCGGCUGCGACGACAAAAGAGGUCAAACCGAAUGAUCUCGGAUAGAGAUGGAAUCGAAUGGACAGUUAGGUAGAUUGUAGAAUAAAAAUGUUGGUUGAACUGA